CGACGUGCCCUUGCAGCAGCUCGCCAUGAGCGACGAAAAACACAACUACGUGCGGGAGCCGUCGCCGCCGCCCAUCCCCACGUACGACGAAGCCACCUCGUCGCGCAAUGCGCCGGCUCGCCUGGGCCCCAACGAAAUCAGCGACGACGCCGAGCGGCAGGGCCUCCUGUCGCCAGAUGUUCGCACCCAGUCCGACCCGCGCAGGCGCACCGGCUACUACCAGCCGCCGUCGGUCCAGUCGGUCAGCGAUGGCGACGACGACUCGGACCUGGGCAGCCCCGUCCGCGAAAGCCAGGACUCGGCCCUGCGCCAGACCAUGGAGGAGAUGGAGAUUCUCGACCCGGAGGCUGCUGAAGAAGGCCGUGCCAGGCGGAAUCGCACGCGCAGCCGCUUCUCCAAGCGCUUCUACAGCAUACGCCACUCGCUGUCGAGCUGGCAUCUGCCCCGGAUACCCUGGCCCUCGUGGCGCCCCAACUUCCGCGCCCUCACUGACCACAUACCCACGAUUCCCGACGAGUACAAGCCCGGCUGGGCCAUGCUUGCGCGCCUGUUUGGCCUCGUGCUCAUCAUCGUGCUCGUCUACUUCCUCGUCGUCAGCGAGGUCGUGCCCAUGGGCACCGGCUUCGGCACGCCCUUCAACCCCGAGUGGAUACGCCAGACGGCCAUGGAGGGCGUCGAGGGCUGGCGCAUUGAGAAGAAUCUCGAGUACAUUACCAGCUAUGACCACAUUGGCGGCACCGAGGGCAGCUACGUGCUGGGCCAAUGGAUCGAGGGCAAGUUCAAGGACGCCCACAUGGACACUUUUACACACGAUGAAUACUAUGUCUACAUGAACUACGCCAAGAAGAACGGCCGCAAACUUGCCAUUGUCGACCCUCCCGAAAAGGCGUGGGAAGCGACCCUCGAAGAGCCAUCCGUGUUCAAUCCUGCCAAGCCCCAGACCCCCGCAUACCACGGCUUGUCGGCAACGGGAAAUGCCACUGGGCCUCUGAUCUACGUCAACUACUGCGAUAAGGGAGACUUUAAGACGUUGUGGGAUAGCGGCGUUGAUGUCCAGGGCGCAGUCGUGCUCUGCCGGUACUACGGCACACAGCCAGAUCUGUCCAUGAAGAUAAAGGCGGCGCAAGAUGCGGGCGUGGUUGGCGUACUGGUGUACUCGGACCCGGCAGAGGACGGUUUCAAAAAGGGCAAUCCCUGGCCGGACGGCAAGUGGAGACCGGGCGACAGCGUCCAGCGAGGCUCUGUGGCGCAGACCAACAUGAUCAUGGGAGAUGUGCUGACGCCCGGAAAGCCGAGUCUGAAGAAGAUGGAGCGCAUGUCCCGGGACCGGAAUCCAGCACUGCCAAAGAUUCCCAGUCUCCCGCUGUCGUGGAAGAGCGCGCAGACAUUGCUCAGGUCACUCAAGGGUUCGGGCGAAGAGCUGCCAGAAGAAUGGGUUGGCGGAGUCCCAGAUGUUGGCGACAAAUGGUACUCUGGCCACCCCAAAACCUCCCCCAAGGUUUUCAUGCAAAACGACCAGGACGAGGUGGAGCAGCAGCGCAUUACCAAUGUUUUUGGCUCUCUCACGGGCACCGAAGACCCAAAUAGGAAGAUUAUUGUCGGAAAUCACCGCGACUCUUGGUGCUUUGGCGCGGCCGACCCCGGCUCGGGUACUGCUGUCAUGCUCGAAGUCGCGCGUGUGUUGGGUGAGCUUCGAGCUCAGGGCUGGAGGCCCCUGCGUACUAUUGAGUUUGCAUCCUGGGAUGCAGGCGAGUACAACCGCAUCGGUUCUACGGAACACGUCGAAGCGAACACGGAAGCUCUCCGCGAAGGCGCCAUUGCGUACAUAAACGUCGACGUGGGUGUAACGGGCGACAAACUCUGGGCCAAUGGUUCACCCAUCUUCCAACACGCCUGGACACGCAUCUUGGACCGCUUGGCCGACCCCCAUGAAAACAAGACUCUAAGAGAACUAUGGGAUAACUCUGGCAGCAAGAUUGGCAACCUGGGUGCUGGAAGCGACUAUGUAGCCUUCCAAUCUAUUGCCGGCACCUCGUCCAUCGACUUUGGCUUUGCCAGCUCCACCGACAACCACGCGUCUUCCAACCCCAUUGCCCACAGCUGCUUCGAGACGCUCUCGUGGAUGCGAAAAUACGUCGAUCCGUCCUUUUCCUACCACACACUCCUCGCCCAACUCUGGGUCCUCCUCAUCCUCGAGCUCGCCCAGGAAGCCAUCAUGCCCAUGAAAGUCGAGGACUUUGCUCACGGCCUCCAAGAAGAAGGCAAAAAGCUGCUCGACUGGACCGAGACGGCGGCCGGCGGCGCUGAAUACGAUAUUGGAAUGUUCCAGCCGCUCGUCGAUGCUCUCAGCAUGUUCAAGAAGAAGGCCGAGGCGUUUGCCGCGUGGGAACAGAGCUGGUACAACCAGGUGUAUGCCACGGGCGGCUUCGAAUCAAGCGGCAUCACCAUGCAGCGCAUCCAGCAUAACGCGAAGAUUGGGCGCCUCGAAACAGAUCUCUUGGAUCUACCGCGGAAUAAAGAUGAUAAGGAGCCUCAUGGUCUCCCAAACCGCGACCAAUUCAAACACGUUAUUUUCGCCCCGGACCUCAACAACGGCCUCGACGCAACAAUCUUCCCCUUUGCGAGAGAAGCAAUCGCCAAAAAGGACUGGAACGCCGCCGCCGCUGCGAUCAAGAAGACGGCCGAGAUUUUGAAUCGCGCGGGUGAGAGACUGGGCGGUGGGUAAUUUUAAUCCCAAAAAAAUAUAUAUCAAGGGUGUCGAUUAGCCUGUGUGUGUGUGUGUGUCCCAAACCUAUAUUGCAUCGUCGGUUCUGUUUUUGUGUAUAGGAUUAAUCUUCUUU